GGCGAUGAGAAGGCGACGUGGCGUGAAUCGAAAAUCACGACGACAAAAAACAUAACGUACAAUAAUAAUAAUAUUAUACUGUGAUAAGUAAAAUAUUAUUGUGUGUCGUGUUUCUGGUCGGUAGGUACGGCUACGACGGGCGUUCGUUUUAUUAUGUUUUAGCGGAUCGAAAGCAAAAACGUAGUCGUCAGUCGAUUAUUUAAUCCGGCGCCGUGCCACCCGCCGUCCGGUGUCAUCGGUCGUCGGGCGGUGGAGGUGGCGGCGGCGCGGGCACUCCAGCGGGCCAAGCAGCAGCAGCAGCAGCUGUUUGUAGUCACCGUCCGCGUACAGCGCACGUCCGACCUGCACGCGAACCGAACGUUUCCCGACGACGACGACGACGCCACACGCUCAUUUAAAAUGGAAGUGGAUUACACGUGGGUAACGUCAUCGAAUAACGUGCCGGUUCAAAAGUUGGAGCAACACUUUCGCGAAUCUUUCGAAUCGGUUUCACCAGAAUACUAUAUCAAAGUACCGGGCAGAGUUAACUUGAUCGGCGAACAUGUAGACUAUUGUGGUUAUUCUGUGUUUCCAAUGGCUAUUGAUCAGUGUAUUGUAGUGGCAGCGAAGAGGACAACCGACCGACAUACCGUGGAGUUGACCAACCUAUGUACGGAACGGUACGAAAACGUCUCCAAAAAUAUAUCAGAUAUAAAUGCAGAGUCGUUGAGCAAUAGCCCAAGUUGGUCGAACUAUUUUAUGUGUGGCGUUAUAGGAGCUCGAGAAUACCUGAACAAAAAUCAACUGAAAGCCGUCGAAAAGAUUGGUUUUUUGUUCGCAGUCACCGGUAACAUUCCCGAAAGUUCGGGAUUGAGUAGUUCGAGUGCACUGGUGACGGCCGCCGUAAUGGCAACCCUGAUCGGAUACGGAGUACCGAUCAGUAGACUCGAGUUGGCAGAAAUCAGCGCCAAAUGCGAAAGAUACAUCGGUACGGCUGGCGGUGGCAUGGACCAAGCGAUAGCCGUGAACGCUAAACGAGGUUAUGCGGCCCGUAUCGACUUCAAUCCGUUGGCGGUUAAACAAUUCCGACUUCCAGACGACGCCAAGUUCGUAGUGGCUCAGAGUUUGGCCGUCAAGAACAAAGCUGCAUCUAACGACUUCAACACGAGGGUAGUAGAAUGCAGAUUGGCUUCGCAGGUAAUUGCUAAGCAAUUGAAUCUGGAAUGGAAGCAAAUGACCGUACUGGCGACGUUGCAAAAGAGUUUGGGUAACACGCUAGACCAAAUGAUUGAAUUGGUUCACCAGCACUUGCACGUCGACAGGUAUUCAAAGUCAGAGGUGUGUGAAAUCUUAUCAGUGUCCAAAGACCAACUCGACGAGCUCAGUUUGACGGCCAACACGACCGACGUCACUGAAUUUUUUUUGCACCAGAGGGCUCUACAUGUGUUCGAAGAGGCCAAGCGGAUGGAAGAGUUUUGUAAGUUGUGUGAGAAUUCCGGAGCAGCGUCAGACCUCGGGAAGUUAAUGGACGAUAGCCAUUCAUCACUGCGAGACCUAUACCAAUGCAGUCAUCCAGACCUGGAGGAGUUAGUGGCACUCUGCAAACGGGAAGGCGCGUACGGAUGCAAGCUCACCGGUGCCGGUUGGGGAGGAUGCGUCGUGGCUAUGGUGUCAUCAGAUGUCACCGAAAGAUUCGUGAGAUCCGUAAGAGAUCAAUACUAUGCUAAUAGAGAAACUUGUGGUAAACAUAUUGAUCAACUUGUGUUCGCGACAAGUCCUUCUGAAGGUGCUUGCUGUAUUCACGUCAAGACCACUUCUAUCAGUGAUGGAAUCUCCGACCACCUUCCAUCUCUUGUACAUUUAUAAAAUAUAUUCAAACAGUUGAUUAUAUAAUGCAUUUGGUUAAUAAUUAAGUCGAAUAUUUUUCCAAUAAAAUAGCAUUUAUUUUUCGUGAUAAAAAUUAUAGACGAAUUAUUAAAUUUAAAUACUAUUUAAAUAAUUAUUAUAUGUAUAUAAGUUUAUGAAAACCGUUACUGUUGUUUGUAUUAUGAACUAUUGCUUUGGUUAAUCAAUGUUCAAAAUAUAAGUCGUUUAUUUAAAAUAAAUCAUAUAGAGAAAAAUUAGAUUAUAUUUACCCAUUCUGAGUUCAUAUAUUACUUAUAUUUCUGUACACUAGUUUACUUAAAAUCUUUGUUCAGAAGCAACGACACAAGCGUUGACAUUAACUUGUUAGUACAUAAUAUACAUAUUUUAAUCAUAGACCAUAGUUAUUAAUAUCAAACUUGGUGCUGACAAUAUUUUUAAAAUAAUUUUUGUUAUAGUACUUGGUUGGUUUCAAAUUUUAACUGCGUAUAAGCACUCGUCCUAACUGUGGAGAGUAACUUAUGGAAGGUAUGUACUGUAGAGUGUAGGUUGUUUAGUAUUGUGCAUUAAUAAUAAGUGUUGAAACGUAUUUUAUACCAAUCUUUUUAUCUAUAUAUACUAAUUUUGCAAAGAUAUACUUCCUUAAAAUACACCACACUGAUCUUGUAAACUUGCAUAAGACUUAUUGAAAUAUACUACUUACCUUAUUGUGAUUUUAAUAA